AUGACGACGCCCAAGCACAAGUUAUUCGUGACUUGCGGGCGAGGCUGUGAGUCGUACCUGGUGGCGGAGUUGGCGGCGUUGGGCCUCGGCAGCCAAGUGACCCCUGCCUUCCGCGGUGCCUUCAUCAAUGACCUGCCGCGUGGCGUCUCCCUCAUGGAAGCCAUCUUCAAGGUGAACUACCAGUCGCACCUCGCCAUGCGCGUGCUUCUGCCUCUGCGCAGCUUCGAGGUCCGCGAGAAGAUGGACCUCUACGAGCAGAUCAAGAGCGUGGAUUGGCGUCCGUACAUUCCUGCGGGUCGCACGUUUGCCAUAGUGGCCAAGGUCGACCACCCGCACUUCACCAACACCCACUACGCCGCGCAGUUGUGUAAGGACGCCAUUGUGGACCAGUACCGCGAGCGGAGUGUGGAGCGGCCCGAUGUGAACGCACAGAACCCGGACGUGCAGGUGCAGGUGUUCGUGCACGAGGGCCAGGGCACGGUCAACAUGGACACGUCCGUGCUCCCGCUGCACAUGCGCGGCUACCGGCGCGAGUCGGUCGAGGCGCCGAUGCGCGAGACGCUCGCGGCCCACAUGCUCCACAUGGCCGGCAUUCCGCAACACUUCCGAUUCUUCAACGAGGCGGAGGCCAAGGAAAGUCUGGUGCUGUCCGACCCGAUGUGCGGGUCCGGCACGAUCCUGGCCGAGGCCGCGCUGAUGGCGACCCAGACGCCGGCCGCCUUCUUGCGCGAGAAAUGGGGGUUCACGCACCUGCCCGAUUUUUCAAAGAAGGCGUGGGACGACUUUAAGCGGGAACAGUUCCUCAAGAGACGACCCCUCAGCAAGCGCAUAGUGAUCUCUGGCACUGACAUCGACCCGAAAGCGGCCCAAGCAGCUUCGCAGACGCUGCGACGAUUGGGCUUCAACGUGGUCGAAAACGAAUCACAGAUGCACAAAACGACGCGGGAGGACGUGCUGGGCGACGUGCUGAUCAGGCGCGAGGACUUCCGGCAGUGGGCGCCGGCGUCGCCCGAGCUCCGACCGACCGUGGUCAUGACCAACGCCCCCUACGGCCAGCGGAUCGGCGGGGAGGCGACCAACCUGCGGCCGCUCUACCGCAGCCUGGGCGACUUCAUGAAGCAGAAGACCCGCAAGCCCGCCACCGGCUGGGUCCUCACCGGCGACCUCCAGCUCUCCCGAGAGGUGGGUCUGCAGGCCAAGAGGCGACACAUUCUGUACAACGGGGGCAUAGAGUGCCGCCUGCUCGAGUACGAUCUCUUCUAA